CACAGCUUGUUUCCUCAGUGGUGUCUCUGUUAAAUUCAGUGAAAUGUCAUUGACUGUGGAUGGAAACAAACCUCCCCUGCGAAGGAAACGAGAGGACGGAGAGGACAGUGAUGAUGUCGGCGUGAAGAGGGACAAACCUGAAGCCAGUCGGCUCGAGUCUUGUUUGGAUCAGCCAAUGGAUUCAGGCAGUGUCCAUGAAGUCAUCAAGUACGCGCCCUCACCGCUACCAGCCAGCCAUUACGAUGCAGACACCACCGAGCCAAUCAGCUGUGGCCUCCAAACUUUGGAGGAGCUGUUGUCGUGGAAACGAAGCGAGGCAAACCCCUUUAAUGUGGCGGCGGUCCCUCUGGCACCUCGAGAGCCUCCUCUGGCCAACUGUUUACGUCGGACCUUGGUGUCUCAUGACAUGAUGGGCGGCUACCUGGAUGACAGGUUCGUCCAGGGGACAAACGCAGAGGCUCCAUAUGCCUUCUACCACUGGCAGUACAUUGACAUUUUUAACUACUUCACACACAAGCUGGUGACUAUUCCUCCUGCCGUGUGGACCAAUGCUGCACAUAAACAUGGAGUCAUCGUUCUUGGGACUUUCAUCACGGAGUGGACCGACGGGGCCGCCGUGUGCGAGGCCUUCCUGAAAGAUGAGGAGUCGUACCGGGCGGUGGCUGAUAAACUCGUCCAGAUCAGCCACUGUUACGGCUUCGAUGGCUGGCUCAUUAACAUCGAGAAUGUCCUCAGUGAGGUUGCGGUGAAGAACACACCUUUGUUCCUGCGCUACCUGACGGACCAGAUGCACGAGCGAGUGUCCGGCAGCCUGGUGCUGUGGUACGACAGCGUGAUCGAGAGCGGACAGCUGCAGUGGCAAAAUGAGCUCAACCAGUCCAACAGGAUGUUUUUUGACGCUUGCGAUGGUUUAUUCACCAACUACAACUGGACCGAGCAGAGCCUGGAGUGGAUGAACGACUACAGCGGAGCGCAAGGCCGCCAGGCUGACAUCUACAUCGGGGUGGACGUGUUCGCCCGCGGCAAGGUGGUGGGAGGAAUGUUCGAAACAAAUAAGGCGCUGGAAAUCAUCCGGAGGCACAACUUCUCCACCGCCAUCUUUGCUCCGGGCUGGGUGUACGAGGCCCACGGCGAUAAGGCCGAGUUCCGCAAGAAUCAGGACAGGUUCUGGGCUCUUCUGUCAGACUACCUUUACGUCCAUCGGACAGCCUCACCCCUCCCCUUCAUCUCCUCCUUCUGCCAGGGCUUUGGGAAGGCUUUCUACUCCAGAGGACAGCGUGAGACGAGCAGGGGCUGGUUCAACCUGACCGCCCAGGAGAUCCAGCCUUUGUACUACCGUGUGGCGCUGGAGGGCCAGGGCUGGCUGAGGAGCCGCGGCUGCCCGGAGGACGCCUGGAAUGGAGGCUCCUCUCUGCUGCUGGAUGGACUGAUCCCCGCCACGCACACGUCUCCCGUUUGUGCCAAGAUCUUCUCCCUCAAUGUACCCCUGGCAUCCAAGACUCUGGUGACCCUCAUCUACAAGCCAUGUUCUGGGAUCUCAGUGUCCCUGGAUCUGAAGACUGCAGACGCCAGUCUUUGCACACACAUGAACGUCCAGGACGUCACACUUACCAGUGUGUCUCCUGUCAUACUGGAUGAGGGCCACCAGCUUGUGAGCCAGUUCUCUCAGCUGUGUGGCGACAUGAAUCCAGAUGGUUGGAUUGUCAGAUGUUCGCAGUUGGAGCUUCACGGCUGUGCCCUCAGAGAAGUUUGUCUCAGCAUCCGGCGGGAUGGGGAGCCUCAGGACACACCUUUCAGCUGCAGGGUGGGAGAAAUCAUGCUCCUGGAUGUAGCCAGUCUGCAGGUCCCCCCUGCGAAGGUUCAGGGCUUGUGCAUUUAUGACGUGGUGUGGCUGCAUGGUGCCGGUACCUCGCCAGAGUCCACCUCCCCCUGCCUGCACCUCAACGCCACUCUGCGCUGGGACUACCCGACCGAGCUCGUCCGCCACUUCAGGGUGUACUGGCGCCGGCUGAGAGGACCUGAUCCCCGCAUCCCGCCAGGUCAGCUGGUUGUUGUGGGCCGGGCGUAUUCUAAUCUUUUUAGAGUGACGGAGCUGAGAGUGGCGGAGCCGCCCGGCCUGAUGGAGCUGGUGGUGGAGCCAGUGAUCAGGAAGGGCUUCCCUGUCCCAGAGAGCCACUGGGGAAGAAGAAGCCUCAGCUACACAAAGGACUUUAAACGAUGACCUCACACAAGUGUCAUCAAACUGCUUCUACUUGACUUUUUAAUAAAUGGUGCUGCAAUGAAGUCUUCAUGUUAGGGAAUGUAACAUGUAACAUUCUAUUUGCUUAUGUUUAUGCAUGGUUCAUUAGUGCUUGAGAGAGGCUGAAAUAUGAGUAAUGUAUCAGGAGUCAGAGGAAGACAGUCCUGAUGGCUGAUCAUCUGUGUAAGCAGAUUUAUAUUGAUUUAGCAAGCACUAAUGUAUGAAGUACAAAUAUACCUGUUUCCUUUUUCUCAUUCAAAUCAGCGUAUGUGGAUUUGGUUUAUCUCUCAUGUGGUAUUAAUCUUUAUGAACCACAAAUAUGCUUUGUAACCUGUAUGUUAAAUAUGUAUUCAACACAAAACAUAUUAGAUGACGUCAGACAACAUUGCACUAAGUCACAUUGUCCACAAUGUUCAUGUUUAUUACCAGAGUACAUUUUGGUCUUUGUUGAUUUAAGUUCAGCAAGAAAACAGCUGCAACUGAAGGAUAAUUCUUCUCAAAGUGUUUUUGAAAUUGAAAUAUGAUGACCCCAGCUAACCUGCCACAUCAUCAUUAUACAAUAAACUGCAACAUGUGAUCAUCGGGAGUUCAUUUCUGAUGAGUCAGCCCAUACUCACAGUAUUCCCCCAGUCCACAUCCAGUUCACACACUUCAGCUUAACAAGGACAAAGCAGGUGCACCAUGGUAGAUGGACUGAACACUUGUUGCAUGUCUUUAUUUGUAUUUUGAUCAAUUUGUCUACAUUUGUUUAACCGUUUAUAUUAAAAUGUGUGUUGGUCAA